AAACUAAGCUUUGACGAAAAACGAAAUUGACAUUUAAAGACAAAAUUAUUCGAUGUUCAUUUUAAAGUAAUAAAACUGUGAAAACACGCCAGGCAUCUACGAACAAAAUAAUACAGAAUUUAUAUUUUUUGUCAUCUGUUUUUGUUAUUGUUUACAGUUCUUCAUCUCUAGUGCACAAACGAAUUCGUUCCCAUUUAUUUUAAAGCGCUGUGAAGAAUAUCCGUUUCUCCUCACGGCUGUUGUUUGUCUGGAGAGGUCAUGGGUAUCGGCGACCCUCUGGAGAUCUCCGGCAGUGAGUUGGUUCAGAUUUUGAGGACUCCCUCUGAGCUCUUCGCGUCUGGGGGGUGCAUCGCGUUGGACUGCCGGCCGUUCCUCGCCUUCUCACGAGCGCACAUCCUCGAGUCCCGCAACGUCAACUGGAAUUCCAUGCUGAGACGAAGGUCCAAGAGCUCCGUGGUGUGUCUGGAGUGGCUGGUGGCCGAUAAGUCGCUGCUGGCCCAGCUGCGGAACGGGGACUUCUCUCCGGUGGUGGUCCUGGAUGAGAACAGUCGCUCGGUCCGAGAUCUGAAGAGCGAGAGUCUGGCCAGUCUCCUGCUCAGUGCCCUUCAGUCAGAGGUCCAGUCUGCCUCGACGCACAUCUGCUUCUUACAAGGUGGAUUUGACGGGUUCUUCGCACUUUAUCCAGAGCUCUGCUUUAGCCCUCCUGUCAUGUGCUCAAAUCAUCCUGCUCUCAGUGAUUCAGAGCCCAUUGUUUCCGGAAGAAAGACUCCUCUCUAUGAUCAGGGUGGUCCAGUUGAAAUCCUCCCCUUCCUCUUUCUGGGCAGCGCGCAUCACUCAUCCAGACGGGAGACUCUGGAGCGAUGCGGGAUCACCGCUGUGCUCAACGUAUCCUCUUCCUGUCCCAACCUGUUCGAGGAGGAACUUCAGUACAAAACUCUGAAGGUGGAAGACAGCCUGGCCGCAGACAUACGCGUCCUCUUUCCAGAGGCCAUCCACUUCAUUGAUUCGAUAAAAGAGAGUGGUGGUCGAGUGCUGGUCCACUGUCAAGCAGGAAUCUCCCGGUCAGCUACCAUCUGCCUGGCGUACCUCAUAAACGCUCGACGUGUCAGUCUGGACGAGGCCUUUGACUUCGUAAAACGCCGCCGACAAGUCAUCUCACCCAACUUAGCCUUCAUGGGCCAACUUCUGCAGUUCGAGACGGAUGUUUUGUGCCCCUAUUCUGUACUAGACAGAAAUAACGGUGGCACUGCUUUUUGAACUUUAAUAUCUUGAACUGGCUCCACUAACUUUCAGAAGACAGAUCUACUGACCACAGCUUUGACUUCAAAGACUGUGAAAGAUCUGCAAAGGUGCUUUCAGGAAGCUUUAGUUUUAUGCUAUCUAUGGGUGUUGUUUGGGUAAUAGAGGGUAUCAGCCGGCCACCUGUUCUCGAUUGUUUAUGGCAAUAUAAAACUAAACACAGAGGAAUGGCUUUCAGUGUUUUCGCAACAACAAUGGCAUCGCUGACACACUGCUACACCCAGUAGCCCUCAUGGAAAAUGUAAUAAUCACAUGCCAUUGUGAUAUUCUACUACUAUGAUCAUAUAACAUCGACCAAAGAUAACUUGCAUAUCGGAUAUUGAUGAAACAGACAAACAGCUUACCCAAAAAUGGGCAAUAAAGCAUUUCGCUUUCAUUUUGGCUUGAGCGCUAAUAUACAUUUAGGAUGUAUGUGUGCAAAUUGUUGCAUCAGUCAGUGUUCCAGUUGACUGCCGUGACUGAUGCUGUGACCAUAUAAGGCUGUGAUGUGUGGUGAGUCUUCUGUCUGGUAAAUGUCAAGUUUUUCCAUGAAGUUACUGUCUAAUUGUCAGUCUCAAACACGUUUUAAAGGGCAACGACCUGACAAACUGUGAUCUAAGCUCAUUUUAAAAGCAAGUUUAAUUGUGUUAUGACAGGCACUAAAGCCUUUUUGUAAUUUAUUUUUAUUUUUUAUAAAGUGUUAUUUUAUUCCCUUUAUUUUUGUGAAUAUUUAUUUAUAUAUUUUCAUCCAAGCAAUGCACUUUAAAUUAGAUUUGUUUGAUCUUUUGUAAGCUAUGUGGUUCACUUAUUUCAGUAUGUCAAUAAAAUGAUGGACUCAUUUUCUUUAAA